AUACCGGAAAUGGGCGGGUCUCUCUUCACCAACAUGUCGGCAUAGGAGUUUUUAUAAAAACUUUACUGUCCAUAUUUAAUACAUUCAGCCGUUUAACUGUUCGCAGUUGAAGGAACAUGGUGUGUGAGCGUAGCGUAGACUUCGUGAAGCCUUUCCGGGAUGGUUUAAUCAUUAAGUUGGCAGUUGUGCUGGUAGUAAUCAGCAUAACGGGGCUGGUAUCUGCCUGGGAAGGAAUCAGCUCAGAGAGAUGUCUCAUCUGGGGUCCGGGGCUGAAGCCCGACACGGUUCUACCGGUCCGCUACUUCUUUAUUCAGGCAGUCAGUUCCAACGGAGAAAACCUGACUUUGUCUCCAGGUAAAGACACAUUUCAAGUGAAGAUAAGUCCGCUGGACAAGCAGGAGCACUUCCGUAUCCACGCCCCCCCACCCCUGGACCGAGGGGACGGGUCCUUCCUGGUGAGGUACCGACUCUACGGCACGGUGCUGAACGGCCUCAUGGUGGAAGUCCUCCACCAAGAAGCUGCUGUGGCCAAGUCGCCCUAUACCAUCCCAGGUCCAGUCUAUCAUGAAUACUGCGACUGUCCAGAGCCCAAUGCUUCCGUGUGGAAGAGCACCAUGCAGUGUCCCGCCGAGGAACCUCAGGUUGUGGCGGACUUUAAAGCUUUUCCAACAUUCGACCUGCAGCGUCUCAGAUGGGAAGUGCCUCACAGAUUCGCCAACAGAGGAGGCCUCAUUCACUACGCCAUCAUCAACAACCAGUUGUACCGCCGCACGCUGGGGAAAUAUACCGACUUCAAGAUGUUCUCUGAUGAAAUGCUGCUCUCUCUAACCAGGAAGGUGAGGGUGCCUGAUGUGGAAUUUUACAUCAAUGUUGGCGACUGGCCAUUAGAGACCAGGAAGGCAGAUGCUGUUCCAGUCUUGUCGUGGUGUGGCUCUGUAGACACACGGGACAUUGUCCUCCCCACCUAUGAGGUCACACACUCCACCCUGGAGACCAUGAGAGGUGUCACCAAUGACCUGCUGUCCAUCCAGGGAAACACAGUUUCUUUGGGGGUAACAUCUGGACCACUUCCUCCAGGGCCUCCGUGGAUUAACAAAACAGACAAGGCGUUUUUCCGUGGCCGGGACAGUCGAGAGGAGCGUCUUCACCUGGUGUCUCUGUCCAAGAAGAGCCCUGAGCUGUUGGACGCAGGCAUCACAGGAUGGUUCUUCUUCAGAGACCGGGAGAAACAUGUCGGCAAAGCACCGCUUGUUGGAUUCUUUGACUUUUUCAAGUACAAGUACCAGGUGAACAUGGAUGGAACAGUGGCAGCGUAUCGGUUUCCUUACUUGAUGCUGGGGAACAGUCUGGUUCUGAAGCAAGACUCGCAGUAUUAUGAAUAUUUCUAUGGCCACCUGAAAGCAGGCACUCAUUAUGUUUCCGUCCAGAGAAACCUGUCAGACCUUUUUGACAAAAUCAAAUGGGCCAAAGAGAACGACGCCAAAGCACAAGAGAUGGCUAGAGCAGGUCAGACGGUGGUCCGCGAGCUACUGCAGCCCAUCAGACUGUACUGUUACUACUACACAGUGAUGCACAUGUACUCUGAGCGGCAGACAGGACAGCCUACACAGCACGCAGACAUGGAGCUGGUGCCUCAGCCCAACGACCACUCUGCUGUGUGCACAUGUGAGCGUAAAAUCCCUGAAGAAGAACACAAUAUGAAGGAUGAACUAUGAUGGAAUCAGCCGUCUCUAAUUAUUUCCUGACGUGUAAAGGGAGAGGGUAACUGAAUGUAUCUGAUCGUCACAAGAAAAUGUGAAUUUCAUGGUUUACAAUUAGGAUUACAAUUCUGGUUUGUGCCUUUUUUAGUUUGGAUAGUACAGGACGUUUGAGGAAUAAUUUAAAGGGCCGGUGUGGAGGAUUUAGGAGAUGUUCAGUGUAUACCAACCUGAAACUCAGAACUGUAUUGUUUUCAAUACUUGAAUGAGUCCUUCAUACCUUAGAUCUGCCAUGUUUCUACAGUAGCCCAGAACGGACAAACUAAACACUGUCUGUCUUGAGAGCCUUUCACCGAGAGGGCCACCGUAGUUCAGACACACUCAUAAAACCAAAGUAACAUGAGCUGCCUUUUGACUUCUUAAAGUCACAUUACUGCAGUCCUGUGAGUGAGCAGAGGGGUACUCAGCCACAAUCUGCAGCCACACCACUGGAUGCCACUAAAGGAAGCACCUUUUUAAACUAAAAACUCCUCAGCCAUUUCAAGACCAGGCUGCAGGAAAUUGCUCUCAAAAUCAGAAUGCUGCUUUGUUUUUAAUACUGUGUGUUGUGGUGUUUUUUGUACCUUUUUGUAAAGCCCUGGUUGAUGAUUUAAGAAAGUGAGGAUAAAAUUACUGUUUUGUAAAUAUGCCUUUUGCAUUGGAUAUUUUGUAAACAGUAUCAUCUUAAAAUAAAUGUAUCUGAAAUAGAUUCUAUUUUUUACAGUUUACUGGAAAGAUCAUAACCAACCCUUUUAAAAUAUUUGCAGAUUCGUCCAUUUUUUUGUUUUUUUUUCCCCCACUGUAUGUGUGGAUGUAACGUUACUAUGGUAACAUCAUUCAAACUGUAUUUUAAUGGACAGGAAACAUGAAGACAACAUAUUUUGUAUUAAUGUAUUCAUCCUUUCAGAAUUUACUGUAAAUAAAAGGAUUAACGUUUUUGCACAAACGCUACAAAAACGCUACA